AUGAGAUUAAAAUCAGUACAAGGAAUAUCAAUUGACUUCAUGUUUUUUAACACUGCAGGUUUUACUCUAUAUUCCCUCUACACGGGAUUUCUGUGUUACAGUACUAAAAUCCAAUAUGAAUUUUAUCUUCGUCAUGAUAAGUAUCCAUUGAUUAAAUCUAACGAUUUCUUUUUUGGAAUUCAUGGGCUUCUCCUCAAUUUACUGCUUGUUAGUCAGGCUUAUAUUUGGGGAUUCAAGAAAAAUGAUAAUCAAGUCAUCUCCAGGAUAUGCAAGCUUGUAUAUGCUACCUUAGUUUUGUUCUCGGUGGGGUAUGGUUUAAUAAUUCAUUUUACUUACGGGAAGCGGUAUUGGAUUGAUCUUCUCACGUCGCUAGGCAUGGCCAAAAUUUUCAUGAGCGUGUGCAAGAACAUCCCACAGGCUGUUUACAAUUACAACCGGAAGUCAACACAUGGCUGGCCAAUUGAAAUGGUAUGGCUUGAUUUUGCUGGUGCAGUGUUCUCUUUUUCGCAGCUUUUCUUGGAUGCGUAUGUCGCCGGCGACGUAAGAAGCAUCUUCAACAACUUGCCAAAGUUCUUGUUGAGUAUAGAAGUUGCCUUGGCUGAUCUGGUAUUUUUUACCCAGCACUAUGUCUUAUACUAUCAGACGGACAACGAACGGUUUGGUCUAUCGAAAUCCUUUCAUACCUACAGCGCGAUAUUGGAGGAGGAUCAAAAUUUCUUGCAAGAACAUCAACACGAUCACGAUCAUGAACCUUUCCACAACAUUCACUGCACUGUAAGUCCAAUUGAUAAGGACGAACUUCAACGUCUUUUACCUUAA